UCUAUCUUUAACACACCAAUCCACACUCGCACACACAACACGCACGCAGACUGGCAGAAAGGGCAUGCAUGCAUACAUACAUAUGCAAGCACACUGGACUCAUAUGCAUGUAGAUCUGCUUUACAGACACACCCGCUUUCUGGCAGAAGCCAGUGGACAUCAUAAAUACAUCAAGUGCUAAUUUGCCCUAAGGAGGCAGAUUGGCUAGUCAGACCACCCAUUCCUAAGAAGACUACAUUUCCUCUGCAGUCUCGUUGUACAAUGACCUGAGCCAAAAGCGGGAGUCUUUCAUUUUCCACACAGGGAGGAAUAUCAUUUUUUUUUUGAGGGGGGUGAAUUUUUGGAAAAACAUCUGUUCAUACAGAAGUUUUAUUUAUUUUUUUAAUGAAAAAGUUUGAUGCUACAAUUUUGGCAAAUGACAUGAAUGGGAUACGGUUUUAAGUGCUACUGGUUUUUUUGUCCCUGUUGGCAGGGAUCGGGUGGACGGUGCUGACAGGCUGAUGUAAGAGCUGGGAAAGCGAGUAUCAAAGCGGGAAUGUCCAAGAUGAGGAGCCUCGCAGAGACCUGGGAACCACAGCAGAACAAACCAGCCCUCAGGCUGUGGAACUCUGCUCUGCUCUGCCUGUUGGGUACAAUGGCCUUUUUGGUGGAAAUGGCAUGGGCCUGCCCCGCCCCCUGCCACUGCAACAGCACCAUAGUGGACUGCAGCGACCACAAGCUGCUUUCCCUCCCUUCCAACCUUCCCCCCAACACCAAGACCCUCCUCCUGCUCAACAACAAACUGAGCUCCCUGUCUCCCAGGGCCUUCUCCAACCUCAGCUCCCUGGAGAGACUGGACCUGUCCAACAACUUCCUGGACAACCUGCCUGCUUCUCUGUUCAGAGACCAGGGCAACCUGUCAGAGCUGGUCCUGCAUAACAACAGCAUCACCAGGCUGGACAAGGGCCUGCUCCAGAGCUGCCCGGGUCUGCAGCGGCUUGACCUGUCCAUGAACGCCCUCUCCCAGGUGCCCCUGGGGCUCCUCGAUGACCUGCCAGGGGUGGAGUGGCUCUCCCUGGCUGACAACAGGCUGCAGGCCCUGGAGAGGGCUGCCUUUGAACCCCUAUCCAGCCUCCAGCACCUGAACCUCAGCGGAAACCCCUGGGAGUGUGAUUGCAAACUGAGGGACUUCAAGCACUGGAUCGAGUGGUUCCUCUACAGAGGAGGGAGGAUUGACGGUGUGGAAUGCAUGCUUCCCAAAGACCUGCGCGGUCGGAACAUUCGCAACGUGCCCAUGGAGAUGUUCAACUACUGUGUGCAACUGGAGGAUGAGAGGGGCUCGCUGGUGCCCAGGGGGGAGGGCAGGGGGCCGCCGUGCAGCCGAGGUGGGGAACCUCCCCCGCAGCCCUCCAAGAGACCCCCUACAGAGGUGGAGGAGCCAGCGGCAGAGUGCGUGAGGCAGCGGUACCGUCCGGUGAGCGUUCGGCGAUCCAUCGGCACGGUGAUCAUCGCAGGAGUGGUGUGCAGCAUUGUCUGCAUUAUGAUGGUGGUGGCGGCUGCGUACGGAUGCAUCUAUGCCUCCCUGAUGGCCAAGUACCAGCGCGAGCUGAAAAAGAGGCAGCCACUGAUGGGGGAUGGAGAUGGAGAGGGAGAGCAGGACGAGAAGCAGAUCUCUUCGGUGGCAUAGAGAGCCCUUCAGCUCAUAUCUCUGGUUUGUGUUGUUCUCUCUCUCUUUUUUUUUUGGAUUCCUGGAUUUUGUGCUUCGUGUCCGUUCAGGAACGAAGAAAGGUAACCUGUCCCAAUCUCUUUACAUCUCCCAAAUCUCCUGGAUUCUGUGUGUGAAUUUGUGUGAGGGUGGAACAGGAGAGAAAGAAGUAAAAGAAUAAAGCUGUUCCAAAGGAACCUGAAUCCAGGACUGUCAAGUCAGCAGGCUGUUUAUAAGCACAAAGCGUAACCUCUCUUACUCUCUCUCUCUCUCUCUCUCUCUCUCUCUCUCUCUCUCUCUCUCUCUCUCUCUCUCUCUCUCUCUCUCUCUCUCUGUCUGUGAUCCAAUCCAAUUCCUAUUAGAAAUACUGCAAAAAAAAAAUCUGGGACAGAGACUGAAUGCCCUUCAGUUUUAGCUGUUUCCAAGUUUCUCUUAUCCAUCUUCUGUUAAAACUGAUAGAGGCUUCUGUUUUUAUGCAGGUCAACUGUACCCAUCUCUGAUUUGAAUAGACACCCUAUUCCUUAACUCUUAACAAAUGGGAUUUAAAGCAGUGCUCACUGAGAAUGGCAUAAGGGUGUGAAUAUUGGAGGCUGACACAGUUGCUGAUGAAGUACACAGUCCCAUUCCUCUUUCUGUCUUGCACACAUGGAUUUUAGAGUAUAUCCGUCUCACAAUACAAAGUAAAGACAAUACUGUGAACUGAAACAAUUUAACAGAUUUAAAACUUAGCUGGACUGCGCUAGUUACAAAACAAAACUCUGGGAUCCGAACGUAACCUUGCUUGUAUCAAAGUUAUCAAUACUCUCUGUAUUAGGCUACUGCAUUCAUGAAUGGUGAAUACCAUCUGCUAAAACAAUUGCUGUUGUAAAAUCCAUUUGAGACAUUAGGAACUAUAAAAUGUAUCAACUAGCACCGUUUGGGGGGGGGGGGGGG